AAGAAGCCAGCCAGAGGAGCAGUCGGAGGAGGAAGCCUCUGGUGAAGAUGCAGGACAGAAAAAGGUGCGUGGACCCAGAUACACUGAGGCGGAAAACUGUACCCUAGUGGAUUGCGUCGAUAGGUCCUACGACGUUUUGUAUGGACCAAGGGCACAGACAACAGCAGCUAGGACAAAGCGAAGCAUCUGGGAAUCCAUUGCGAGUCAAGUCACUGCAAUAUCUGGAAACCGCCGGAGCACCAGAAAUUGCUUGAAGCGGUACAGUGAUUGCCGCAGACAGACCAAGAAGAAGAUGGGGAUUCAGCGCCGACAUGAGACAGCUACGGGAGGUGGCCCGGCUCUCAACCUGAAGUGGCUACCCUGGGAGGAUGUUAUUAGAAGGCGCAUGAACCCUGCCAUGGUCGAAGGAGUUCGCGGAGGUGUGGACUCUAGCCGUCCUGCUGGCUUUCCCGAGGAGGAAGAACCGCCCAGAAGACGGAAGAAGGCGGGAGAUAAGCCGUCCAAAAGGAGGUCUGAUGACAGGCCUGCCCAGAGGACAUCACCUGUGCAGCAGGCAUCGGCAGCAGCGCGCGGACCAUCAACUGCGCCGCAAGCAUCGCGAGCACACAGAUCGUCACCUGUGCGCCACAGUUCGUCAUCGCGCAGUUUGUCACCUGUGCACCAGACGACGUCGGCGCACAGACUCUCACCUGUGCGCCAGACACCGUCGGCGACCACACCACAAGAUGGGCGCCAAACUACAGCUCCUGCGCGCAGGCCAUCACCAGAUCGUCGUCUCUCCAGGAGCUCUGGGACUGUGACUGAAGAGCCUCAAGACACACCCCUUGUGGACCCAUCACCCGAUCUGUUUGAGUCUACAGGGUUAACAGACGAAACUUUUCUUGGGUUUGAGGACAGCCGUGCAGACGUAUCCAGCCAGACCCUUGAAAAGUCUUCCGAAACGAGGACAAGUGGAGCUCCUGGAGCAGCGGCAUCACAGGAUGGAGAAGUGGUGCCACGAACCAGCAGCGGACUAGCUUCGGGGAUUGGUUCCUACUUCAGGCCGGAUCUCCUACAGGAGUCGUCAGAGGAUGACGAGGUGGAAGUGCAGGAGGCUCCAGUUACUACUGGCAUCAGAGAUUGGGACACGCCAGGAUACAUACACAAAUGUCGUGGGAAGCAGACUGGACAACAUUGAGAGGACAAUGGAGAAAAUGGCAAACAGUCUGCUUGAACUGCAAAAGACUCUUUCCGACAGCACGGCCACAAUACUACAGGUCAGAAUGCAAGAUCAUAGGGAGAGUAUGACCGUACUUAACAUUCUGGCCGAAUCCAUGACCCGGCUCGUGGACAACACUGCAUGUCUGGUAGCAAGCAAUAAAAACAUGUCGGAGAGUCAUCGACACUCCUCAUCCAGCCAACAGGUCAUCGCAACCACACUGCAGAUGAUCUAUGAUAAGCUCCCAGGAACAGCUAAUCAACACGCUGGUGAUCCACCAUAUCCGCCGUCGCAAGCCACAAGGACGCCUCGUACCCUUCCUCAAGUCCCAUCCCAGUACAGACAGUCACAGAUGUACCAGGGAUAUACAGGGAUGUACCCCACCCCCCAGAUGCCUCCACCACCGGCCACACAAUCUUCAGCAGCAUGGGCACAGAGGACCAGUCAACAUACUCCCCAGCCUCCCAGGACAUCCACGCCCUAUCAGGGGGAAGAAGAGGAUCCGGACAGACUUCCACCAUAAACCCGGUCGUAUUGUUUUAUUUAUUUACAAAUGUUUUUCGUGUAUCCCUUUCUUCCCCUCCCAUUAGUUUGUUUUUUUUCUUACUAUUGUUUUCUGUGUUGGGCUUCCCCACCCGUGACCGGGUACUACCAAGGAGCUUUGUGUAGGCAUACAUGCGCGGGCAUGUAUGCGGGCGCGUGUGGUAACGGAUGAAAGCUCCUUGUGGCUACGUGUAUGAUGGGCCAAAGAGCUAUUCUGAUACCACUUUUUUCUUCCAAAAAUCCUUUUUGUAAUGGUGUACAGUAGGCUUUAAUUGUGUGAAUUUACUAUUCACUAGUCUGUGUUUUUGUCUUCUUCAUAGGAUUGGUGGGGAAAAAUUAAGUGGACGGCAUAAGUUUGUGUUGUGCGUACCAAGAUAUCUAUAUACACAAGAAAAGAAUGUAAAGA